GUCAAGACGAAACAACUUGCUGUUGCGUGGAAAUAAAAAGCGAGUUUUGAAAAGUUUGUAAAACUGUUGUGCUUUUGUGAAAAGUUUUCUUGCGUUGACGGACUGUGAAUGUUUGAUUAUUGUUUACUGUUAAUUGAUCCUCAUAAACAUGUCUUCUGCGCCCACCAAGAAAGUUCGCGUCCAGGAAAGUAGCAGCGUCACUUUCUUUGAACGUAAAGCGUUCAAAUUCACGUGGACAAUCAAGGAAUUCAGCUCCUGGACUGCCGAGAUUGGCUCCUGUAUGCAACAGUCAGCAGUGUUCCCGUCCGGCAAGGAAGAAAGUAUUCAGUGGGCAUUACAGUUCUAUCCCCAAUGUCGAAAGGGAAUACCAUUCUGCGAGUUAUAUCUUACGAUGCUUAAAUGUCCUGGAAAACAACUCAAUACCAAAUUUAGAUUUACAAUGCAGAACUCCAAAAAGGAAAUUCUCGUUUCGGUGGAUUAUAUCGAACACAGAUUCGUUGACACAAUGGCGUAUGGACAUUCACAAAUAGGCGAUAACGAUUUUCUUGUUGAUAAAACUAAACAUGACGACGUUCUGAUCAUAACGUGUGAAAUAGAAGCCAAAGUUCGCCUUGUUCAUGAAAAUAACCAAUCAACCAACAACGAUCAACCCGCACCUCCAAGCAGCAUCGCUGAUGAUUUCGGGGCUCUGGUUGACGGUCAGCGUUUCGGAGAUGUUACGGUGAAGGUCGGAGAUAAAAGGUUCCGCGUGUACAAGGGCAUUCUUGCGUCCCGAAGUCCCGUGUUUGCUGCCAUGUUCGAGCACACCAUGAAGGAGAAAAUCAAGAGUGUCGUCACGAUCGUCGACGUCGAGCCGGACGUGUUCCACGAGUUGCUGCGGUACAUCUACACCGACAAGGUCCAAAAUCUGACCGCGUUGGCCUACCAGUUGUUCGCAGCCGCCGACAAGUACGACAUCGGAACGCUCAAGACCCUCUGCCGGAUGUCCAUCCUGGCGAAUAUUUCGACGGAGAACGCCACGGAUGCGCUCAAGUGCGCCGACCUGCAUCUGGACAGCGAGAUGAAACGGCACACGCUGGGGUUUCUCCGCAAAAAUUCCGGCAGUCUGCUGGCCAUGACCGAAACAGCGGGCUGGAAGGCGUUUGAGCUUACGUUCCCGCACUUGGCAAUCGAAGUGUUGAAGGCAAUCGUAAAGUCGUAAAAAUGGCAGAAAAGGGGGUGGUUUAUCCGUACGAGUGGAUAUUUGAUUUCUUUUUAUUCGGUUGAAUCCUGAAUUGAUUUGUUUACUAAGUUAA